CGAUAAGAUCUUAAAGUAGUGGUGGAAACCCGAAAUUUACAAUUGAGGCUUUGGUUGCGUAGUGUCUCCUCCGAACUUCCGAGCGUAUACAAUCUUACAUAUCACAGUCCAGCGCCAUGGUCCUCCAUAGUUUUACAGUAGGGAUUGCAGUUGCAGAGAGAUAGAGAAAGAGGUGAACCAAAAUCUAUUAUUGGGUUAGGGCCUUUCAGCGACAACGAUACCUUUUGGGCGGCUUCAGGCUCUGCCAUCGCCGUAGAGAUUGAAAGGAGGUUUCUUGGUGCAUUAGUAUUUGGAAGUAAAAACUUAGAGACAGCAACUAAUCGUCGUCAAAGCUGUGUUGUGAGACUGCCGCUGUCAUCUUUCCUGCAACUUACCAUUAUCAUAAAAACGUAUCCAUUUUCCUCGUAUUUAUGAGGCAUUUUGGUUGGUUUUGAUAGUGGAAUCUAAAUCAGAAAAUGGCACAUUCCUUGAGUUUGGUCUCUACAGGCCUCCAUAAAUUUGGAUUGAGUCCUCAAAACAGAGUUUCACAUGGGAAAUAUGGAGUUUUUACUUUGAGACCCUCGCCAGGGUUUCUUCGUGUUCGGGCUGUGCAGGAGACUGGAGGGUCUCGGAGACUAGUUGAUAUCAUCAGAAAUGUGCCAGAGCUUUCGAGGAACUAUUUUCGAAGUCCAUCUCGUAGGGCUCUCUUUGGGGGAAUCUCUUUGUUGGGUGGCUUUUAUGUUGCACAAACGAUAUCUCUGUCAUUUGGAGCUUUAGGAGUCAACGACGUUAUUGCUUCAGUCGUGUGUGUUCUCCUGACAGAGUAUGUGACCAAAUUUUAUUACAGUCGACCAAAAGUAACAUUCCCUGUUGCUCUUCUCAACAACUUCAAAAUGGGAUUCACUUAUGGUUUGUUCAUCGAUGCUUUUAAGCUUGCCAGUUAAUGGCAUAUUGUGUAACCCCUUUUGGUUUGUCUAUGUAAAGUUCUCUGUUUAUAUUGGUAUAGAUUAAAAGAUACAUUUCCCAAUUAUACACACUCCACUUCUUUAUUUACUUUUCCCCAUAUGGCAAGUUGGCUUUGAUUUGAAUGCUAAA